AUGGAGGAAAAGUAUAUUGGAUUGGCUUUAGCAAUAAGCUCAUCUUUCGCUAUUGGCGCUUCCUUUGUUCUUACAAAAGUUGGACUUUUAAGAGAUGGAUCAAAAGGUGAAUCAUAUACAUACGUGAAAAAUCCAAUAUGGAUUUUAGGGACAGCUCUUAUGGCACUUGGUGAGUUUGCGAAUUUUGCUGCAUACACGUUUGCCCCACCUAUUUUGGUCACCCCAUUGGGCGCACUUUCGGUCAUCAUUGGUGCCGUCUUGGCUGCUGUAUUUUUGAAAGAAAAAUUGGGGAUACUUGGAAAAUUGGGAUGUGCAAUUUGUCUAUUAGGAUCGGUAAUCAUUGUGUUACAUGCUCCAAGUGACAAGGAAGUGACUACGGUAGAUGAAAUCAUGAAAUAUGCCGAAAGGCCAUUAUUUCUCCUGUACGCUUUUUCUGUUAUUGUUUUUUCCGUCAUCAUGAUCUACAGUGUUGCUCCCGUAUAUGGCUCUAAGAAUCCAAUGGUAUACAUUUCUAUUUGCUCUGGAGUUGGAUCCCUCUCUGUUUGUGCUAUAAAGGCUUUUGGAAUUGCCUUAAAGCUUACGUUGAGUGGGAAUAAUCAAUUUACUCAUAUUUCCACUUAUUUAUUUAUUAUUGCAGUUGCCGUGUGUAUCGUCAUUCAGAUGACAUACUUUAACAAGGCUCUAGCACAAUUUGAUACCUCUAUUGUCAAUCCAUUAUAUUAUGUCACGUUUACUACUGCCGUUCUUUUGGCAUCAUUCAUAUUAUUUCGUGGGUUCAAUGCAGCUUCAACUGUGGAUGUCAUUUCACUCAUAUGCGGGUUCCUCAUUAUAUUCUCCGGAGUCUAUAUUCUUAAUAUUGCCAGAAAGAAGCCAGAGACAGAGGAUGAUGUCGCUCUUUUCUCCGCUAACCAAGAUGGUCCAAGUGAUAUUCCUUUGAAUAAUGAUGUUUCUACAUAUCAUCAGUUCAGAAAAUCAUUAGAAUCAAAAAGGCCUCUGGGUAGUUCAUACUCAGAAAUACCUUUGCAGGCAGGCUCCGAGUUCAGACGUUCAGAUAGUUUUGAGUUGAACUAA